UUUCGGCAGGAGUAUCUUAAAAGAUGAGCUUUUGGAGUUUCUGGGACCAAAAUGUUUCACCGAAUGGCGAGAUUGGAAACUUGUGCUGGCGGGAGGCUGCAGCGCGGCUGCUCUUUCAACAGGCGAUUUGUUCUCCUGUCUGUGGCUCAUUUCCAUGCAAAGAGCCUGACAUCAGAGCACCUUUUGUUGCUAAACGCUUUCUGUAGCUUGGAGGGGAGAGAGUCAUGUGGAGCUGGAAGAGCUCAUUUUGAAGAGAGGGGUCCCGGGGAGUUCCUUCCAAGCUCCGGAGGCACCACGGUCACCCCUGCGGGGCCCUGCCCAGACUUGCUGGCAGAAGUGAGUCGCGUGGCUUAGGGAGUCGGUCCCCGUCACAGGAAGAAACGCCUUCGCAGAGGAUUUAAUUGCUUCUGGCCUGCCAGUAAUCCCCGCUGUAAAACUCAGUGGUGCGAACUUUGCCUCCAGCUACCCUGUGGCCGCGCGCAGCCGGGGUGGGAAAGUUCCUGGAGUUGUCAGUAGCGCACCCCUCCGCCACCCAGAGCCGAGGUGCGGGAGCCUGCGAGGGGUCCCCGCGGGUUUGCUGGGGGAUGCAGCGCGGGGGCACGGCUCAGUGACGCGGCGGGCGGGGACCUGGCGCUGGGCCCGGCUGCACUCCUGCGAGGGGCGUGAGUGCUCCAGGGACUGGGACGCACCGCUCGCGUGCGGGACACGGUCAUGGAGGAUGCGGGAGCUGCCGCCCCAGGCCCGGAGCCUGAGCCAGAGCAGGAGCCCGAGCCAGAGCAGGAGCCCGAGACGGAGCCCGAGACGGAGGAGUCCGAGACGGGCGCCAGCAUGUCCAAGACGUUUUCCCGGCUCUGGGCCGAUGUGAUGGGCAUCCUGGACGGCUCCCUGGGCAACAUCGAUGACCUGGCCCAGCAGUAUGCAGACUAUUACAACACCUACUUCUCCGACGUGUGUGAGAGGAUGGAGGAGCUGCGGAAGCGGCGGGUCUCCCAGGACCUGGACGUGGAGAAACCCGACGCCGGCCCCACGUCACUUCAGCUGCGGUCCCAGAUCGAAGAGUCGCUGGGCUUCUGCAGCGCCGCGUCAACGCCAGAAGUGGAGAGAAAGAACUCCCUUCGGAAGUCAAACUCAGAAGACAGCUCCGUAGGAAAAGGAGAUUGGAAGAAGAAAAAUAAGUAUUUCUGGCAGAACUUCCGGAAGAACCAGAAAGGAAUAAUGAGGCAGACUUCAAAAGGAGAAGACGUGGGCUACGUGGCGAGCGAGAUAACCAUGAGCGAUGAGGAGCGGAUUCAGCUGAUGAUGAUGGUCAAGGAGAAGAUGAUCACCAUUGAGGAGGCACUGGCUCGGCUCAAGGAGUACGAGGCCCAGCACCGGCAGCCAGCCGCCUUGGACCCUGCCGACUGGCCCGACGGUUCCAGCCCCACGUUCGACGGCUCGUCCAACUGCAACUCAAGAGAACAAUCGGAUGAUGAGACCGAGGAGUCGGUGAAGUUCAAGAGGUUACACAAGCUGGUGAACUCCACUCGCAGAGUGAGGAAGAAACUGAUCAGAGUGGAAGAAAUGAAAAAGCCCAGCACUGAAGGCGGGGAGGAGCCUGCCCCGGAGAACUGCCCCGCCCUGGACGAGAGGUCCGCCCUCUACUCCGGAGUGCACAAGAAGCCGUUUUUCUUCGACGGCUCUCCCGAGAAACCUCCGGAAGAUGAUUCCGACUCUGUCGCCACUUCUCCAUCGCUGAGCAACCUGGAGACCUGGGGAGCUGGGCGGAAGUUGGUCAAAACCUUCAGCAAAGGAGAGAGCCGGGGCCUCAUUAAGCCCCCCAAGAAGAUGGGGACCUUCUUCUCCUACCCAGAAGAAGAAAAGGCCCAGAAGGUGUCCCGCUCCCUGACCGAGGGCGAGAUGAAGAAGAGUCUGGGGUCCCUGAGCCACGGGAGAACCUGCAGUUUCGGAGGGUUUGACCUGACCAAUCGCGCCCUGCACAUCGGCAGCAAUAACUCUGACCCGCUGGGCAAAGAAGGAGAUUUCGUGUACAAGGAAGUCAUCAAAUCACCCACUGCCUCCCGCAUCUCUCUUGGAAAGAAGGUCAAGUCAGUGAAAGAGACGAUGAGGAAGAGGAUGUCUAAAAAGUACAGCAGCUCCGUGUCUGAGCAGGACACGAGCCUCGAUGGAAUGCCGGGCUCCCCUCCCGUCUCCCAGCCUGACGUUGAACACGUGGACAAGCCCAAGCUCAAGGCCGGCGGUUCUGUGGAGAGUCUGCGGAGUUCUCUGAGCGGACAGAGCUCGAUGAGCGGUCAGACAGUGAGCACCACCGAUUCCUCGACCAGCAACAGGGAGAGCGUCAAGUCGGAAGACGGCGACGACGAGGAGCCGCCCUACCGGGGCCCCUUCUGCGGGCGUGCCAGGGUGCACACGGACUUCACACCGAGCCCCUAUGACACGGACUCGCUGAAGCUCAAGAAAGGAGACAUCAUCGAUAUCAUCAGCAAACCACCCAUGGGCACCUGGAUGGGCCUGUUGAACAACAAGGUGGGCACCUUCAAAUUCAUCUACGUGGACGUGCUAAAUGAGGAGGAGGAGAAGCCCAAGCGCCCCACCAGGAGGAAGAGAAAAGGAAGACCACCCCAGCCCAAGUCUGUGGAGGAUCUCCUUGACCGGAUUAACCUGAAAGAGCACAUGCCCACCUUCCUGUUCAACGGAUAUGAAGAUCUGGACACCUUCAAGCUCCUGGAGGAGGAAGACUUGGAUGAGCUGAACAUCAGGGACCCGGAACACAGAGCGGUUCUCUUGACCGCAGUGGAGCUGUUACAGGAGUAUGACAGUAACAGCGACCAGUCGGGGUCCCAGGAGAGGCUGCUGGUGGACAGCCAGGGCCUGAGCGGAUGCUCCCCGCGAGACUCAGGAUGCUACGAGAGCAGCGAGAACCUGGAAAAUGGCAAGAACCGGAAAACUGGCCUGCUGUCUGCCAAGUCACCCGCCGAGUCCAGCUUGAAGGCCUUCGGCAGGAGUCAGCCGGGCAACUACCCGACCUUGCCUCUCCCGAAGUCGAAGUCGGCGGACGUGCGGACGCCGGGGCAGGAGAGCAGGCUGGGCCGUGGCCUGGCCCCUCCUCGCACUCUCAAGCACGGCGACCCGCCGUGCGCGACCGGCUCGAGCAAAAACCGGAGAAGCCUCCCCGUGUCCAUCUGCCGCAGCUGCGAGACCCUGGAGGGCCCCCCGCCGGGGAAAGCCUGGCCCCGAUCCCACUCCCUGGACGACCUCCAGGGGGAGCCCGAUGCUGGAACGGACGUGCCUCGUGCGGCGGCGACGGAGCCCUCCCCUCAGAUUGCACCGCAAGUGCCACAGAAGACAGCCCCCUCCGCCACCAAGGUCCCCAGCCCCAGACGAGAUUCUGCCGUUGACAAUGCAUUGCUACUGACCCAAAGUAACCGGUUUUCUGACCCUCAGAAAACGACUACUAAGAAACUGGGCGGCGGCUCGGGUGCAGCCCCUUCACGGGGCCUGUCGCCUCCCCCGUGUUUACCCAAAAACCCUGAUGCUCAGCCCCCCGGGGUCAGACCCAGUGCAGCGAGGACUGCUCUUGAGGGCCACCGGAAAGGACUCGACUUUGAAGGAAGCUGUCACCCCCCGGGCACCAAAGAAGGUGAGCAGAGGGGCCCUGAGGCCAAGCCGCCUGCCAGACACCCCUCGCAGCCUCCGCCUGUCCCUGCCAAGAAGAGCCGAGAGCGCCUGGCCCUGGCCAACGGCCUGCCCCCCGGCCCCCCGGGCCCCAGCGCACCGUGCCUGCCCCUGAAAAAGGGCGGCUCCGGCGGCCCCAGCGACUGCCACUCACCGCAGGCUUCGAGACCUCCCUCCAGGCAGGAGCCCAGCAGCCCUCCGAGCUCGAGGCCGCCGCCCUGGCUCUCCGAGCUGCCCGAGAGCGCGAGCCUCCAGGAGCACGGCGUGAAGCUGGCCCCGGCCCUGACCCGGAAGGUCUCCUGCGCCCGGGGGGUGGACCUGGAGAUGCUCACUGAAGACAAGUUGCGCGCUGAAGGCAUCGAUCUCACCGAGGAACCGUAUUCUGACAAGCACGGCCGCUGCGGGAUCCCCGAAGCCCUGGUGCAGAGAUACGCCGAGGACCUGGAGCAGCCCGAGAGGGACGUCGCCGCCCACAUGGACCAGGUCCGGGUGAAGCUGCUCCGCAAGCAGCACCGCAUGGCGAUCCCGAGCGGCGGGCUCACGGAGAUCUGCAGGAAGCCCCUCUCCCCCAGUUGCAUCUCGUCCGUGUCCGACUGGCUGGUCUCCAUCGGCCUGCCCAUGUACGCCAGCGCCCUCACGGAAGCGGGGUUCAGCACCCUGGGCCAGGUGCCUUCUCUGUCCCACACUUGCCUUCAGGAGGCCGGCAUCACAGAGGAGAGACACAUAAGCAAGCUCGUGUCAGCGGCCAGACUCUUCAAGCUGCCGCCGGGCUCCGAGGCCCUGUAGCCGGGCCCGGAACGGACCUCCCUGGAUGAGAGCCACCCUUUCACUGUGCUUACGAUGCCAACGCAGUCCCUCCUUCCCCGGACAAGCGGACCAGAUCCAGAGGAGCAGCCCAGAGUGCCGCUGAACAGCUCGGAGCCUUGGCAUAGGACCGAGGGACCCUCUCUUUCCCAGAAAAGCCCCUUUGCGGAAAUUGGUGUGGUUCUCUUCAAAACCCCCCAAAGAAAAGACAAGCACUUAUUUUUGUUUCCAGAACAGAGUAGAACUAAGAUGCCAACUUGCCACAAAUGCUGUGCCUCCGGUCUGUCUUGGUGCACUGGGGAGAGGGCUGGGGGCGGAGGGAGGGGCAGCCUGUUUCGUUUCUGAGGAUAGUGCCCUUGACCUUCUGCCUGUCACCCUGCAGGAUACCCGAGGGCCAGACAGGCUUAGCUAGGCCAAAGUAACAGACUCGGGAGUGAUUGUAAACACAGUUGACGUGCUCAUUGGUUCAAAAGUAAGAAAAUCUGUCUGCACUAGGGGGAAAAAAAUGGUCCUAUUCUCCUUUAGAUAAACAAGAGACGUUUAAAUAAUUGCUUUCUAGCAAUCAGCUUUUAUUUGCCUUAAUAUGAGCUUUUAAGCAGUUGUCUAACUAGUGUUCACUACCCUGUAACCAUAGUUCCAGAUCUUCAGCUUCAACUGCCAUCUAACACGUCUGGGUGUUUCCAGCAAAGAAAACGGGCUCUUCUGAUGAUCUCGUUCUGACAUGGCUCACUUUAUAGGAGUGUUUAUCGGGCGCAGAGUUCACGCUGGCGUCCACUUGUUAAACCGAUUCCAAAAUCCAGUGAAAAACUAUCUGAAAUUCACCAGGCUAUCAUGUGUGUACAUGUGAGUGUUUGGGGGGGAGCUGUGGGUGUCUAUAGUAACUGCCUUUCAUUGGAAUGCGUUCUGUGUCCUCACCCUGCUGGUCGCCGUGGUGCACACGGUGCUGACUUGGGCUCCUGACGGCCCCGCCCCCGUGUCCCGCCCUCGGUCCCGCCCACAGAUCGCCUUCGAGGAGCGGCCGUGUAAGGCUGAGUUGUCCAGAAAGACCUUUUCAAAAAGGGAAUUAGUUUAAGAGAGGUUUUUAAGGUUUUUCUUCAGUUUUACAAUUAGGAUAUUGUUUUUCUCCUUUUCUUAUUUAGGUAGUUCUUUUAAUCCAAAUAAAGGUUCCUUUUGGAGCCAGACAGACCACCUUAGCUAUGUAUUAAGUGUUUGCAUAUCUUCCAUGGUUUCCCACUGAUUUCAGCAUAGUCUGUCCUCUCUUAGUCUUGUGUCUGACUUCCUAGCAACAUGACAUUUAGACAACUAAACCGGCGAGGUUUCCAUUGCUUACAAAAUGAUUUGGCUUUAUGUUCGUAUCAUGAGCACUAUUCCAAGCCUCGAAUGUGAUUCUUUACAAUAGAAACACUUUGAACACAAAGCCUUGAUCGAAAGUUCUUUAGUAUUUUAUCUACUCACUAAAACAAAUGAUUUCCCUCAGGGAAAAAAAAAACAGCGUGGUUUCAUUAAUUACAAAGCCAUCUUUAGCCUUUGCUUUAUAUACUUAUAUCCAUGUUUCUGAGG